UCUAAGUCGGCCUGCGAUCUUGUGUUGGUUUUGCUGGGAUCCGACCCGAAUCCGCCCCGUGGUUUGUCGCCCUGCCACCGGCAUCCCCUGUUAUUCUAGCGCUAGGGUUGGUUCUUGUCUUCUUGGUCUCGUCUUCUCUCUCAUUGGGUGGAUUGGGAUGGCGAAGGAAGGGAGGGUGCAUCCCGACUGCAUCAACGCCUCCAAUCCCUACCACAAGUGCGUCGACUACUGCUUUCAGCGAAUUGCCGAAGCCAAAGCUCACGCCGAUGAUGCCCAGAAAUUGUUAGAGGAUGAUAACACCAAGGAACCGGAGGAGAGGACAGUGCAUCCCGAUUGCAUUAACGCAUCCAAUCCGUAUCACGAGUGCUCCGAGUUCUGCUUCAAAAAGAUCGCCGAGGCGAAGGAUCGGAACAAGAGGACGGAUCCGUCAGAAACACAACAAGAGAAUGGUGCUCCUUCAUCCUUUGAUAACUCUGAUCAGAAUGAAGUGCCUCCUGAGCAAAGAGAAGGUCAAGCAGAACCAAAUGAUGACGGUGACAGCCAGCAUGUUCAGAAUGAUGCUGAAUCAGGCCAUCCUCAUCUCACUGAAAGGCAGAAAAAAAUGUUUGAAUUGAGACUUAAAAUGAAUGAAGCAAGAAAGGCCAAUCAAAUGGCCAUGGUGGCCGAAAAAAAGAAAAUGGAGGCUCCAGCUGAAUCAAGGGGCAUUUCCAAAGAGCAUUGGCUUGAGGAAAGGAAAAAGAAGAUUGGAAAGCUGCUUGAUUCAAAUGGCCUGGAAAUGUCAAAGGCAUAUAUGCUUGAUACACAAGAGAUGGCUGAAACAAAGUAUAAGAAGUGGGAAAAGGAUCCUGCACCACAUGGUUGGGAUGUUUUCAAUCAGAAGACACUUUACAAUGCUUAUAAAAAACGAACUAAGAACGUAGAGGUUGACAUGGAGGCAUAUAAUAAAUCAAAGGAAGCUGAUCCAGAAUUCUAUCGUGAAGCUUCUAGUCUUCAAUAUGGGAAGGCAUCAAAGGCCCCAGAGGAAAAAAUUGACAGAAUGGUAAAGGAACUUCAGGACAGGGAAGCAAAGCGGCAAUCAUUUAGCAGGAGGCGUCGGUUCCAUGAAGAGAAGGACAUUGAUUCAAUCAAUGACAGGAAUGAGCAUUUCAAUAAGAAGAUUGAAAGGGCCUUUGGCAAGUACACACUGGAGAUCAAGAACAAUUUGGAAAGAGGAACUGCUUUACCUGAUUAGUUUGGCUGUUGCAUAACUUUGUACUAUAUAUAAAGAGGAACUGCUUUACUGGACUACUUUGUCUGUUACACAACAAAGUUAUUUAGGAUUUGCUUAUAUAUUUGCCCCGGUGCAUGCAAUUGAGUA